AUGGGUGAAUCUAAUCGCUCGCAACCUCUCUACUGUUACUUUGUGAGUAGACAUGUUUUUAUUACUCGUCUGUUUGCCUCCCUCCAACAGUUGGGUUUGGCAAUCAUUCUGGACUGCCUUCCGGGUGCCAGCAUCAUGGCGGCUCUCGCCCUAGAGGACAUCGCGUACGCCUACUACGUGCUUGAGUACAGUUCUGGGAAUUUUGCCUACGCUAUUGAGUGUGCUGAUGUCGCCGGAACCCUCCUGAAGCGUCUUCAGUACGAGGUCUGUAUGCAGGCGGCCUCUGCCAAUCGCGUUAAAGGUAAGCCCAUCUGCGUGGACUGCCAGCGUGAUCUCUCUGGCUUUCAUGUCCUUCGGUAUUGCCUUUCUUGUACUACAUUGUCUGUUUUGUCAAUGUAA